UGGCAGUCAUCCACAUUAAGUGGGAUCACAUGGUAUAACUUGUCUUCAGUGGAAAUUGGRCUCAUUGUCAGUGGUUCGUUGUAUGGGGCCUUGAUUGGUUCUGUUUUGGCUUUUACUGUUGCUGACUUUCUAGGAAGACGAAGGGAGUUGAUGCUGUCCGCUCUCCUCUAUCUUGUUGGAGCUCUAGUGACAGCACUAGCACCUGACUUCCCUGUUAUGGUGAUUGGACGCUUCAUAUUUGGUAUAGGAAUUGGGCUGGCGAUGCAUGCUGCCCCGAUGUACAUUGCUGAGACUGCUCCAACUCAAAUACGAGGCCGGCUCAUUUCUCUUAAAGAGUUCUUUAUAGUUCUAGGAAUGCUUUUAGGUUAUACGGUUGGCUGUCUUGAAAUUGACCUAGUUGGGGGAUGGCGCUAUAUGUAUGGAACUAGUGUCCCUUUAUCAGUGAUUAUGGGGAUUGGAGUGUGGUGGUUACCACCAUCACCUCGAUGGCUCCUUUUAUGUGCCAUCCAGGGGAAAGGAAACAUGCAGGAUUUAAAAGAAAGAGCAAUAUCUUGCUUGUGCCGGCUGAGGGGGCAAGCUAUUGGCAAUUCAGCCCCAGAGCAAGUAGAUGAAAUUCUGGUUGAGCUUUCUUACAAUGAUCAGGAAAAAGAGUCUUCACUAAUGGAGAUUUUCCAAGGGAAAUGCUUGAAAGCCCUUAUUAUUGGUGCAGGUUUGGUCUUGUUUCAGCAGAUCACAGGGCAACCAAGUGUGCUGUACUAUGCUGCAACAAUUCUUAAGAGUGCAGGGUUUUCUGCAGCAUCUGAUGCUACACGGGUCUCAAUUCUUCUUGGUUUGUUAAAGUUGAUUAUGACUGGAAUAGCUGUUCUUGUUGUUGAUAAACUUGGCAGAAGACCUCUACUACUUGGGGGCGUCAGUGGCAUUGUCAUCUCUUUGUUCCUGCUGGCAGCAUAUUAUACUUUCUUAAACAAUGCACCAUUUGUAGCUGUAGUUGCACUACUGUUGUAUGUUGGGUGUUACCAGUUAUCGUUUGGACCCAUUGGUUGGCUGAUGAUUUCAGAGAUUUUCCCUCUACGCCUGAGAGGGAGAGGACUAAGUAUUGCAGUGCUUGUUAAUUUUGCCUCAAAUGCGCUUGUAACAUUUGCAUUUUCUCCACUAGAGUCAUUGAUUGGAGCGGGAAUGCUAUUUGUUGUAUUUGGAGUGAUAUCUGUGUUGUCUCUUCUCUUCAUAUUCUUCAUUGUACCAGAAACAAAGGGGCUUAGUCUUGAGGAAAUUGAAGCCAAAAUCCUUUAGAAAAAAUCCUCUUCAUUUUUCUCGUUUCACAAUUCUAGUUUGACAAUGAAUUGGACUCCCAAAUACAAGUUUCCAUGGUGAUGAAAAAGACUUUUUGUCCCAAUUAAUAUAUUUUUUUCUAUUACUAUUA